AUGGCAUCCGCCCCCCAGUUUACGCCCCGGCGACCCAACUCCACGACCAGCAACCGUCUUGUCAGUCCCGGAAUAGGAAGGACAACAAGCGACAAAGAUGGUAGACAAGGACACACACGGUCCUUGCGGCAUGCGGAGACGAUCAUAGGACCCGGAGAAAAGAAAGUGGAGGGACAAGAGAAUAGUAGUGUGCCAAGUGAGGAGGUGGAUGCGGGUGAAGCUCAGGCAGGCGGACGAUCAUGGACACCUUCCUCGCACCGCAGUUGGAGGCAGUUUCCUGGAACGGCCGUCAAUACUACGACAGUAAAACCAGCAGCGCCGAAGAAGACGGGCAGGUUGCACCGUGCUCUCUGUCGAUACCUGCCAAAUAUGGGUUUGUGA